AAAGUUUGGCGAGCCGGACGGAGGAAGACCCUCCCGGCGGACGCCCGAGGCGGGGGCUACCUGUUGCCGCUCCGAGCCCCGGCGGGGGAGCGGCAGCGGCUCUCCUUCUCUUCCCCUCCCUUCCCUCCCUUCCCUUCCGGCUCGGCCGCGCUGAACCUCCCCUUGAACAGCUGAUCGUCUUGCCGAGGCAUGGCUCGCUGCCCGCUUUGCUCCCCUCCGCGCGGUCUUCGUUCCGGCGCAGCGGAAGGCCGCUUCGCUGGCGGGGCGGGUGGCGCCGGGCUCGCUCGGAGCUCCAGGGCGUGGCGGGGUCCGCCGUCCCGCGGGGCCUGCGUGCGGCGGGGCGCUUCUCCGGCUGCUGGUCGGAGGGGCUUCCAGUCACGGCGGCGCUGCUUUUGCAGAGCGGCGGAAAGGGGAGGCGGGGGCGUCCUUGCCCACAUCCCUUCCGCCCGACCCCUGGAAAAUGGAGCGCCGCCGAGGGCUGCCCGGAAAGCAGGUGAACCGAAGCGCCCUCCUUCCCGAGCCGAGGCGCCGCCAGCUAAGCGGAGCAGCCCCUCGGAACGCCGCCGGAAGCGGGUCGGGGAGGCCGUGCCGUGCCCCCCCCACAAGCUCCCCAUGGGCUUCGGGACGCCCCUCUGGCGUGGCCGCGGUGGCUCAGAGAAGCGACCCCCCGCGAUCCGGUCGCUUUGA